AUGGCUCCCAAACAACAAAUUUCGAAAUUAAUUGUGCUCAUUCUAGCUUGUUUCUUCAUUGAAAGUAUUAAUGCUGAAAUUAGAGUUAUUAACGUCGGUGGUGGAGGUCAGCAAAAUUUAAAAUUUGACCCACAAUUUAUUACUGCACAUCAAGGAGAUAUC